CAUCCCCAUUUGCCAAUUCUCUAUUCAUUUGGUCUUGGAAACUUCUCAAACAACUAGCAUAAUGACUCGUUCCAAAUAUCCAAUUUAAAAACGCCAAAUAUCACUCGUUGCUGCUUUGAUUCAUUCUCGAUUGUUUCAUAACUGUUUCCUUUGCCUUUUGAGUUUUGAUCCUUAUUCUUCUUGCCCCCCUGGAUAUCAUCGAUCUGAUGAUCUCUUGAAAAGGCUUUGUCUCUUUUAGUAAAAUUCGAUUAGGAUUUGAAUCUUUUGUUGAAUUUCGUAUCGGAUUUCGGAAAUCGAGCCGAAAACAUAGCAUUCUUGGUUAGAGAUUAUGGAUUUGGAUAAUAUAGAGUGUGUAUCAUCUUCCAAUAGAGUAGAAGGUGCAGAGAUCCAAAAUUUCGGUCCGAAGCCUCGUAAUAACACGGGAUUGCCUCCUGCUACAAGUGUUCAUGAACUGUUGGAGUGCCCAGUUUGCACCGGUUCAAUGUACCCUCCAAUUCAUCAGUGUUUGAAUGGGCACACAUUAUGCUCGACCUGUAAAACACAAGUGCACAACCGAUGCCCAACUUGCAGACAAGAACUGGGAGAUAUCAGAUGUUUAGCGUUGGAGAAAGUUGCAGAAUCUCUUGAACUCCCAUGCAGAUAUUACUCAUUAGGAUGCCCAGAAACAUUCCCGUAUUACAGUAAGCUGAAACACGAAAUGUCAUGCAACUUCAGACCUUAUAACUGCCCAUACGCUGGAUCAGAAUGCUCAGUCACGGGUGACAUUCCCUUUCUUGUAUCACAUCUGAGAGACGACCAUAAAGUAGACAUGCACACAGGCUGUACCUUUAACCAUCGUUAUGUUAAAUCUAACCCACGUGAAGUUGAAAACGCCACCUGGAUGCUGACUGUGUUCAAUUGUUUUGGAGAGUAUUUCUGUCUGCAUUUUGAAGCGUUUCAGUUGGGAGUGGCGCCUGUGUACAUGGCGUUUGUGCGGUUUAUGGGUGAUGAGGUGGCGGCUCGAAACUACAGCUACAGUUUAGAGGUUGGAGGGAAUGGAAGGAAGCUGAUUUGGGAAGGAACACCGAGGAGCAUAAGAGAUAGUCAUAGGAAGGUGAAGGACAGUCAUGAUGGGCUCAUAAUACAGAGAAACAUGGCACUUUUUUUCUCAGAACUCCAAAAGUCCAACGAUCAUGGCCCCUGCUCGUCAGUCGUCCCGCUCGAACCCUCGCUCCAUCCUUCGCCAAUCACCAGUUCGCUGAUCAGUGAUUACCGCUCGUCCCGCUCACCGCUGGAAUCAAUCAGGAGUUGUGGCUGGCUUCUUCUGCAGAGUCAUAUAUCUAAUGAAGGUCAAUUUGAUCACUUAUUUCUGAUGCAAUCGGGUGAAAACAAGAAGUUGAAAUACUCCAAUUUUGCAUGCAAGAUGCCUCAGCCAGACAGUGUUGAUGAACAGAUUCCUUUUUCAAUUGAGAAGAUAGUGCAGUACCCAUUACCCGGUUACGGUUCUCCAACUUCAGUUAAUUUUAGUCCUGAUGAUAAUCUUAUAUCUUACUUGUAUAGUCCGGAUCAAACCUUAAACAGAAAAGUCUUCAUCUUUGAUCUGACAACCUGUAAGCAAGAAGUGUUUUUUAGCCCACCGGAUGGUGGUCUUGAUGAAGAUAAUCUAUCAGAAGAAGAGAAGUUUAGAAGGGAAAGAUCAAGAGAGCGUGGUUUGGGGGUGACACGCUAUGAAUGGGUGAAAACAAGCUCCAAGAAGACCACAAUCAUGGUGCCUUUGCCUGCUGGGAUAUAUUUCAUGGAUCGUUCUUUACAACCACAGCUGAAGCUUCCCAGUGAUACCUCUCCCAUUGUUGAUCCACAUCUUUCUCCGGAUGGUACUAUGCUUGCUUAUGUAAGAAACCAUGAACUACACGCAUUAGAUCUUUUGUACAACAGGUCCAAACGCUUGACAUCCGGCGCUAAUGGGACCACCAAGACGCAUGCUGUAGCUGAGUAUAUCGCACAGGAAGAGAUGGAUCGAAGGAAUGGUUACUGGUGGUCCCCAGACAGCAAAUGCAUAGCUUUUACGGAGGUGGAUUCAUCUGAAAUACCUGUUUACAGAAUCAUGCACCAGGGUAAGACCACAACCGGCUCAGAGGCUCAAGAAGAACACGCCUACCCUUUUGCGGGGGCCACAAAUGUGAAGGUCCGUCUUGGUGUUGUCCCUGUUAUUGGUGGGGCCGUCACCUGGAUGGAUCUUUGCUGCGGUGGGAGUGGGACCGAUGGCGUAGACGAGUAUUUAGCCAGAGUCAACUGGAUGCAUGGAAAUGCCCUGAUCGCCCAAGUGUUAAACAGGUCUCAUUCCAAACUUAAGCUCCUCAAGUUUGACAUCAAAACAGGCAAAGGAAAAUGCAUCUUUGUUGAAGAACACGACAAGUGGAUCAAUCUGCAUGAUUGCUUCACACCUUUGGAUAAAGGCGGCGGGUUUUUAUGGGCCAGUGAAAAAACCGGAUAUCGACAUGUUUAUCUGCAUGAUGAAAAGGGUGUGUGUGUGGGACCCAUAACGCAAGGUGAAUGGAUGGUUGAACAGAUUGUGGGGGUGAAUGAAGCCUCUGGGUUCAUAUAUUUCACCGGAACAUUAGACGGGCCUCUCGAGUGUCAUCUUUAUCGUGCUAAACUGUCUCUUCCAGUAAAUCCAUUAGAAGGGCCUGUGAAGCUGACACCUGGCAAGGGAAAACACAUUGUGGUGCUUGAUCAUCAGAUGCAGAAAUUUGUAGAUAUUCAUGAGUCUCUGGAUUCGCCUCCUAGAGUGUCGCUCUGCUCGUUGCAUGAUGGAUCCCUGAUUAGGUGUCUGUACGAGCAACAAGCGGCUACAAUCCCAAGAGUGAAGAAAUUACAGAUCGACCCUCCAAAGAUGUUUGAAAUCCAAGCGAAAGACGGGACGCUUCUUUACGGGGCUUUAUAUAAACCGGAUGAAGCAAAAUUCGGACCUCCGCCUUACAAAACCAUGAUUGCUGUGUAUGGUGGUCCGGGUGUACAGCUUGUGAGCGAUUCGUGGGCCAACACUGUUGAUAUGAGAGCUCAGUUUCUUAGAAGUAAAGGCAUCCUAGUAUGGAAGAUGGAUAACAGGGGCAGCUUGAGGCGAGGGCUGGAGUUUGAAGGUGCAGUGAAGUACAAUUUUGGGCGUUAUGACGCGGAGGACCAGGUGGCGGGAGCGGAAUGGCUGAUAAAAGAAGGGCUGGCGAAAGCGGAGCACAUUGGGUUGUACGGGUGGAGCUACGGAGGAUACCUGUCGGCCAUGGCACUGUGUCGGUUUCCAGAGAUGUUCAGGUGUGGGGUUGCUGGUGCACCGGUGAGCUCAUGGGACGGGUAUGAUUCGUUUUACACAGAGAAGUAUAUGGGUAUGCCCGAUGAAAACAAAUCGGGUUAUUGGUUCGGGUCGGUGAUGAACCAUGUGGGCAAGAUGAAAGGGAAGCUGCUGUUGGUUCACGGGCUGAUUGAUGAGAAUGUUCAUUUCAGGCAUACCGCCCGCCUUUUGAAUGCCUUGGUGGCUGCUCGCAAGCCGUACGAGCUGUUGCUGUUCCCGGAUGCACGCCAUAUGCCUCGCCCUCUCAAGGAUCGCCUUUACAUGGAACAAAGAAUUUGGGACUUCAUUCAAACCGCAUUAUGAAAUACUUGGUUUUUUUUUUUUUUUUUUUUCUUU